AUGCACACGAAUCGAGACAGGGGUGCAGCGCCGGCUGAAAUGAUUGACACCGUGGAGAGCCGCGUGUGUCACACGGCAGUGCUGUUGGGCAUGGCUCAAGGCGAUGGGCGGGACGCUGCUACCGGAGUGGGCGGGGUGCCAGAGCGAGCCACAUGGCUGCUGGAAGUGGCUCGCCGGGUGGAGGACAUGGGGAGGCUAAGGAGCAGGCCGGAGGACCAGCUCGCAUUGCGCUCGUAUGCACCGCCGUCAGCAGCUGCCCUGCUGCAACCCUCGUCCUUCCCGCCCCUCUUCUCUCCGGACCUGCUCACCCGUGCCAAAGCUGAUGCUGCUGCCAGGCGCAGGGACAACAUGAGCGGCAUAGAGGAGGCGCGGCAGCGGCUGGUGGAACUGCGGGAGAGGAAGCAGCAGAUCCACGAUGACACCAUCCUGCUGGCCGCUCAGUGUGUAGUGGACCCUCUGCGCGACCAGAGCCAGCAGCACACAGCAGCUGCCGACGCCAAUCUGACCUCUGCUGUGCAGCGCUACCUCUCUCUUGCUAACGAGGUCACUUAUAAAGUGGACAGGGACCUAAUCCCCUGGAUGCAGCGCAACCCCCCUCCUCGCCCCAUCAAGAUCGGCCCUCGAGCGUCUGCUGUGCACUCGCAGCACUCCGCUCUCCUCAAGAUCCUGGCAGGGCUGCAGGUGGUGCAGGCAAGAGCGCCAUCUCUUCACGAGGCAGCCACUGUGACAGCCGGCACAGCCACACCACAAGUGAAUGCAUGGUGGGGUGCGGUGGCAGCAGCGACCGCUAGCACAGAGGACAGCAUUCGUUCCCUCCGUGCAGAAAUCUCUGCACUCACUCAGGCACCGGUGCAGCCACGGCUGAGCAGUCAUCAAGCACAGGCACAGACACAGGCACAGGCACAGGCACAGGCACAGGCACAGGCACAGGCACAGGCACAGGCACAGGCACAGGCACAGGCACAGGUGCAGGCACAGGCACAGGCACAGGCACAGGCACAGGUGCAGGCACAGGUGCAGGCACAGGUGCAGGCACAUGUGCAGGCACAGGUGCAGGCACAGGCACAGGCACAGGCACAGGCACUGGCACAGGCACAGGCACAGGCACAGGUGCAGGCACAGGCACAGGCACAGGCACAGGCACAGGCACAGGCACAGGCACAGGUGCACGCACAGGCACAGGUGCAGGCACAGGCACAUGUGCAGGCACAGGUGCAGGCACAUGUGCAGGCACAGGUGCAGGCACAGGCACAUGUGCAGGCACAGGUGCAGGCACAUGUGCAGGCACAGGUGCAGGCACAGGCACAGGCACAGGCACAGGCACAGGCACAGGCACAGGCACAGGCACAGGCACAGGCACAGGCACAGGCACAGGCACAGGCACAGGUGCAGGCACAGGCACAGGUGCAGGCACACCGCAGGUGA